GUAAUCGUGCGGCGUCGCUCGCACUAAACCAGCUACCCUGCAGGUUUAGUGCGGUACAGUAAUAUGGUCGAAAAUCAGUAAUAUGGUCGCUUUUUUCUCCCAUUUAUUGAUUUUAAUUAAUUAAAUAUUAACACCAUGACCAAAUAUGACCCUGAAGAAGAGAAAAGGAUGGCCCAGGCCUCCGAUUUCUAUGCCAGAAACCCACACGUCAAAAAAUCUGCGAUUGCGCGUCAAUUCAGGGAGGGCGUUAAGCAGUUUAUCGAUUUCCUGAUCUAUUUAGGCCAUAAAGCUAAUCUCAAAACGGUUCAGGCGGCGGCAAAUAAGAUUCUAGCUGAGAGCGCGUCCACCCACCAAGUUACGCCAUGGUUUAAAACCCUUCGUGCGAAGAUACUAGUACAAAAGCGGAAGGCAGCAAAUCGAAAGGAGGAUCUGGAAGAGCAUUUUAAUAAGUAUUAUGGGGCGUUAGAGAAGUUUGGGAUCUGCUUUAAAGACAUGUGGAAUAUGGACGAAACUGGCUUUCGUAUUAGCGUUUUGAAUAGAAAGAUUAUUAUUAUAUACCUUAAUACGAAAGCUGUCUACUUGGCAGAUCCUAAUAAUCGAGAAUCACUUACUACGAUCGAAACUAUAUCUGCUAGGGGCGAAGUAAUUAUACUAUUCCUGAUUUUGAAGGGAGAGAUCCUAUUAGAAGAAUACUUUAAUAAUGACCUUAAUGCCGAAAUAGUCUUUGCUAUAAGCUCUACUAGAUAUAUAAAUAAUGCUUUAAGCCUCAAAUAUAUUAAGGACAAGGAGAAGUACGCUCUUAUACCGACUAAGCCUAAGUUACUUAGGGCAAGCUUAAUUAUGGAAAGAGAGCUUGUAAGAGAGAAGGCAGGCAGGAAGCAUGUGCAAAAAUAUGGGGUCAUUUCCAAGGAGUUCCUUUUUACCGCUAAAGAGAUGAAUAAUAAUGCCUACCUAAAUCGACGAAUUAAGGAAACUAAUACAUAUAUUAUAAAGCAUAUUACUACUCCGUACGAUUUAGGGGAGCCCUUUGGCUAUGGAGAUAAACCACUAUUUAUUAAUUAUGGUAAUACUGAGCUUUUUCAUGCGAAUAAGAUGGAUUUUAGGCUAGCUUCCCCUGGAUACGAAGAGGAGUGGGUUAGUGAGUUUGGUGAUAUGCGGGUGGAAAUGCUAGCUAGAGAGCUUGGUUUUGUGAGGCCACUACCUAACCCCUCUUUAUUUUAUAAUAAUGGUUUUGGUAAUAUAGUUAGAUUGGAUACUAAUGGGGAGGAGAUAAUUAUUAGGUAUACGAAAUAGGACGUGGUUAUUAUAUAAUUAAUUGAUUUCUAAGUUAGUGGCAUUUUGGGGGGGUCGCCGAUGACCUGAAGUAUGUAAUAUUUCCACCAUUUUUUACUAUAUACAUAUGUGAUAUGAAAGUAAGAGAAUUUGAUUUAUUAAUUAUAGUAUGAAUGCC